AGCUUACUUCCGUAUUGUGCGUUCCACAUACAGGAAGUGAGUUUUCAUCGACUGUUGCAGCCUCCCAGUGUCCGUGGAGAUCAGGCUCUUCCACAGAUACGGAGACAGUUCCACCCGAGGAGGAGUAUAUAGAGGAACACAGGGGUCUGUAUGAGGACGUGAUGAUGGAGAAUCACCUGCCCCUCACAUCACUGGAUGGGCCCAGUAACAGAGAUACCCCAGAGAGAUGUCCCCGUCCUCUGUAUUCCCAGGAUUGUACAGAGGAGAAUCACAGGAUCCCACAGGAGGAUCAGGUAGAACGUCUUUCUGGUAUAAAGGCAGAAGAUAUAGAGGAAGAAGAAGAAACUUAUGUGACUGAUAUGAAGACAGAAGAUAUAGAGGGAGAAGAAGAGACGUAUGUGACUGAUAUAAAAGCAGAAGAUAUAGAGGGAGAAGAAGAGACGUAUGUGACUGAUAUAAAGGCAGAAGAUAUAGAGGGAGAAGAAGAGACGUAUGUGACUGAUAUAAAGGCAGAAGAUCUAGAGGGAGAAGAAGAGAUGUAUGUGAGGGGUGAUCAGCAGUGUAAGGAGGAGGAGAUCCCUACAGAUAUCAGCACAGAUGGACACACAAGCAGGAAUAUCUCAGAAGGACAUCUAAUGUUAUCCCCGGAUUGUGACAUAAAAGAUGACAGUAGACAGGAUUCUCCAGGAGAUAACCCCAUUACCCCAAUUAUACAUCCAGCUCUAUCAGCUGAUCCCUCUGAUCCUGGGAAAUGUUCUCCUGAUCACUCUGAUAUUGGUGCAUCUGUUACAGCUCUGACAGUAGAUACAGUGUUUCCCUGUUCUAUAGAUGCCAAAUGUUUUACAAAGAACACAAAGCCUAUUAACCCACACACAGGUAAGGCAGGUGAGAGGCCACUGAUAUGUUCAGAGUGUGGGAAAUGUUUUACAUACAAAUCACAUCUUGUUAUACAUCAGAGAAGUCACACAGGUGAGAAGCCAUUUCCAUGUUCUGAGUGUUCGAAAUGUUUUACAACGAAAUCAGAUCUUAUUACACAUCAGCGAAGUCACACAGGUGAGAAGUCAUAUCCAUGUUCUGAGUGUAGGAAAUGUUUUACAUACAAAUCACGACUUGUUAUACAUCAGAGAAGUCACACAGGUGAGAAGCCAUUUCCAUGUUCUGAGUGUGGGAAAUUUUUUACACAAAACUCACAUCUUGUUAUGCAUCAGAGAAGUCACACAGAUGAGAAGCCAUUUUCUUGCUCUGAGUGUGGGAAAUCUUAUUUAACUAAAUCACAUCUUGUUAUACAUAACAGAAGUCACACAGGUGAGAAACCAUUUUCUUGCUCUGAGUGUGGGAAAUGUUUUGCACACAAAUCACAACUUGCUACCCAUCAGCAAAGUCACAUAGGUGAGAAAGCAUUUCCAUGUUCUGAGUGUGGGAAAUGUUUUGCACACAAAUCAGUUCUUGUUAGACAUAACAGAAGUCACACAGAUGCUAAGCCAUUUUCUUGCUCUGAGUGUGCGAAAUGUUUUACACAGAAAACACAUCUUGUUAUACAUCAGAGAAGUCACACAGGUGAGAAGCCAUUUCCAUGUUCUGAGUGCGGGAAAUGUUUUGCACUUAAAUCAUAUCUUGUUAGACAUCAAAGAAAGCACACAGGUGAGAAGCCAUUUUCUUGCUCUGAGUGCGGAAAAAGUUUUACCUGGAAAUCCAAACUUGUUAUACAUCAGAGAAGUCACACAGGUGAGAAGCCAUUUUCUUGCUCUGAAUGCGGGAAAUGUUUUACACAAAAAUCACAACUUGUUACCCAUCAGCAAAGUCACACAGGUGAGAAGGCAUUUCAAUGUUCUGAGUGUGGGAAAUGUUUUACAUGGAAAUCACAACUUGUUACACAUCAGCAAAGUCACACAGGUGAGAAGGCAUUUCCAUGUUCUGAGUGUGGGAAAUGUUUUUCACACAAAUCAGCUCUUGUUAUACAUCACAGAAGUCACACAGGUGAGAAGCCAUUUCCAUGUUCUGAGUGUGGGAAAUGUUGUGUAAGUAAAUCACAUCUUGUUAUACAUCACAGAAGUCACACAGGUGAGAAGCCAUUUCCAUGUUCUGAGUGUGGGAAAUGUUGUGUAAGUAAAUCACAACUUGUUACACAUCUGCGCAUUCCCACAGGUGAGAAGCCUUUUCCAUGUUCUGAGUGUGGGAAAUGUUUUGCAUGUAAAUCAGAUCUUGAUAUACAUCACAGAAGUCACACAGCUAAGAAGCCAUUUUCUUGCUCUGAGUGCGGGAAAUGUUUUACACACAAAUCACGACUUGUUACCCAUCAGCAAAGUCACACAGGUGAGAAGGCAUUUCCAUGUUCUGAGUGUGGGAAAGGUUUUGCACACAAAUCAAAUUUUGUUAGACAUCAGCAAAGUCACACAGGUGAGAAUCCAUUUUCUUGCGCUGAGUGCGGGAAAUGUUUUACACAAAAAUCACAUCUUGUUAGACAUCAGCGAAGUCACACAGGUGAGAGGCCAUUUCUAUACUCUGAGAAAUAAAUCAUCUCUUGUUGCAUACAAUAGAUAUCACUCAGGUGCGGAACCAUUUUAAUCUUCUGUAGUAUACUCAUCAUUGCCAUGCGUUCUUUAAGGUUCUUAUCCUAUCUCCUAUGUUUUUUGCAAUAUACAUGUUACCACUGGGUGAAAUAAUCAGAUGUCAUGUCCUCAUCUACUACUGCUAUGCAGAGGACCUAUCUUUGCUCUAGGUAUUGAGAACCCAGUACCAAUCCUAAAUGGUUGUCUAGUUGAGCUCCAGGUGUGGGUGAUGCCAGUUGGCUGUGACUCAGUCCUGGUGAAACAGGUCCUUAUGAUAGAAGCUCACCACCAAAGAGCAGGGCUACAGCUCAGCUUUGCAAAACCAACCAGACACGCUUAGGGGUUCAGAGUUACAAAAUGCUGAUCCUGUGCGGAAGCUUGGUGUCCUGGAUGGUGGAGUGACACUUACACGUCAGGUAUCAGCCACAAUCAGAUCCUCAUCUGAGGAACAUAGCCAUACUCCAGCACUUAUUUCCUUCAGAAGAUCUAGCUGAUGUCAUACAUGCACUUGUAUCAUCACACAUAAACUACUGCAAUGUCCUCUACCUGGGUCUCCCAGCAAACGAAUUGCACCGCUUGUAGCUUGUACAGAAUGCAGCAGCCAGGCUGU